CCCUCCCCGAGGCUCGGCUGGCCUCCGCCGUCCCUCCGCACAGACCGGCCGCCGCCAUGGAGUUCGACCUGGCCUCAGCCCUGGGCCCUGGUUCUAAGAAGCCAGAGGGGACAGGCCAAGCGGGGGACCCCAAACACUGUCCUGCUAAAGUUCCGGGCCGGCCCGAGGCGGGCGCUGCCCACAGGCCGAAGCAUGGCUCCGGCAGCUCCUCCGACUCCAGCAGCAGCAACAGCAGCAGCUCCAGCGACUCGGAGGCCGAGGGGAAGGCCCGCGGCGCUGGCUGCAAGAAGCACGAACGCCCCUCAGACAAGGCCAAGCAACCCAAGGUGAAGAAGGACAAGAAAAAGAAGAAGGACCCUCGCUGACUCAUUAAACUUGCCGCCCGGCGCCCCCGGCGCCCCCGGCGGCCAGGAGCGCAGGCGGCGCCGAGCCCGUCA